ACCUGUGAGGAUGUCCAGGAUCACAGGUGAGGUUCUUGGGAGCCUGGCAUCCGGCCCAACCACAGCCUGAAAUUUGCCGGCCUGACCCCUGACCCCUGAGCUCUCACAUCCUUCCUCCCUAAAAACCCCCAAGCCUGACAUUAGACCUGCAAAUGAAAUCUGACUUCUGACCUCAUGCCAUAAGCCCCUCCCCCUCCCAUGAUGACCUCACAAAGGUCACCAGCUUCUUGCCAGCCCAAGACCCUUUGCUAUGGUCCGGUUGGCUCCAGCCAGUGCUGUCCCAUGCGCCCUGGUGGCCCUCUCAGUCUUGAGGGCACCUGCCUGGGCCUGCCUCCUCUGCUUCACAUCCUACAGUGAGCGCCUCCGCAUCUGCCAGACCUUCGUGGGCAUCGAGGGCCCGGAGCUCCAAAAGUGUGAGGAGGCAUUCACGGCUGCCUUUGCGAGCCUCCUGGACACCGAAAUCAACUAUGAUGAGAGAAGCCACCUGCAUGACUCCUUCACCCAGAUGAUCCACUCCCUCCAAGAGGUCGCCACUGCUCAGGGGUCCUUUGAGGUUGCCUUCCCUGAUGCCGCGGAGCAAAUGCGGAAGGUCAUUUUACAACUUAAAGAAGCACAGGCCUGCAUCCCUCCCUGCGGGCUCCAGGAGGUCGCCCGGCGUUUCCGCUGCCGCGGGUGCUACUCCCACGUCUGCGACCUCCCGCUGGACUGCCCAGUUCAGGACGUGACAGUGAAUCGAGGUGAUCAGGCCAUGUUCUCCUGCACGGUGAACUUCCAGUUGCCCAAGGAGGAGAUCACCUAUUCCUGGAAGUUCGCAGGAGGAGGUGUCCGGACGCAGGACCUGGCUUACUUCCGAGAGAUGCCGCGGGCCCACGGGUACCUGGCGCGAAUCCGGCCGGUGCAGCCAACGCACCGCGGGACCUUCUCUUGCGUGAUCUCGCACGACCAGCGCCCCCUGGCGCGACUCUACUUCUUUCUUAACGUGACCAGUCGGCCUCCGCGCGGGGAGACCGAGCUCCAGGUCUUAUUUCGGGAAGUGCUUCGCUGGGCGCCGCGGGAGACGAUCGAACCCUGGAAGCCGAGCCUGGGCGAGCUGCUGGCCAAGCCUGGGGCUCUGACGCUGAGCAACCAGUGCCUACUCGGGGCCGCAGCCGCCUUAGCUUCAGCCGGUGUGACCCUGCUGGUGUGGAUGUUCUUCCGGUGGUACUUCAGUGGCAACUAA